AUGUUGUCGAUUGAAGAUCUCAGUCUAGCUGUAAUCGCUGUCUUGACCAUUACUACGGUUGGUCAGGCCGCGCCCCCAAUAUGGAGGGUUGUCAAUGGUACGGAUUCUAGUGUGUUGAAAUAUCCCUUUAUGGUAUCUCUACGCAGCUACGAUGGCUCUCAUAGCUGUGGAGGAACUAUUGUUUCGCCGAAAUUUGUGAUGACUGCAGCCCAUUGCACCAAUGGACGCGCGGCAGAGUCGCUAUCGAUUCAGUUUGGAGUGACCAAUAUCAAUGCCAACGGACCGAAUGUGGUGGGCAUAUGGAGAAUUAUCCAGCACGAGGACUUUGAUCCUAAUCGUCAAAAUGCCAACGAUAUUUCGCUGGUGAUGGUGAAGGAUCCCUUUGUUUUUGAUGGCAUUUCGGUGGCUCCCGUGGAAUUGCCAGUUCACGGCUUUGCUGUACCCCAAUCAGAUGCUGGAGUGGAGGGUGUGCUCGUCGGAUGGGGCCUGAAUGAGACCUAUGGAAGUGUCCAGAACACCCUGCAGGAGGCCUCCCUGAAGAUCUACUCCGAUGAGGAGUGCACCACACGACAUGGAGGCCGUACCGAUCCCAGAUAUCACAUCUGUGGGGGCGUGGACGAGGGCGGCAAGGGACAGUGCAGCGGCGACUCGGGUGGUCCGCUCAUCUACAAUGGCCGGCAAGUGGGAAUCGUCUCGUGGAGUGUUAAGCCCUGUACCGUGGCUCCCUAUCCGGGGGUUUACUGUAAGGUUAGCGAGUACAUUGACUGGAUCAAAUGCAAUAUAAUUAUAUUGCCUGAGUCACCGAGUACCAUUGUUCCAUAA